AUGACUGAAUUUCUUGUUGCUGAAGGGGAAAUCCCUGUGAACAUUCACCGACGAUUACAAAAUGUAUUUGAGGACAAUACGUUAGAUUAUAGCAAUGUAUGCAGGUGGGUCCGUCGUCUGAAAGAUGAAAAUGUGGGAACUGUGAGUGUAGCCGAUAAACCCCGUUUUGGCCGUCCGUCCGCUUCUGUGAAUCCUGCCAAUAAUGCAAAGCCAGAUGCUCUGAUCAGAGAAGACAGGUGUAUAUCUCUUAAUGAGUUGGAAGAAAACCUUGAAGUGAGCCACGGAAGUGCUUACAACAUUGUCGAAUUACUUGGCUUUUCAAAAGUGUAUGCCUGUUGGGUACCGAGAGAGCUGACUACCGAACACAAGACUGACAGCGUCAAUGCCUGCACUGAACUUCUCGAACAAAGUCAAAGAGAUAACACCUUUUUUUCGAAGGGUCACGUGGCACUGACUGACUUUGAACUCUGCUGUGCAUUUGCAUCAAUGGAAGAUAUGCAUAUAAGCAACCACGAUGUGCCCGUCAAUACUGCAGAUUCACACAACAAAGAAGCAAUCAGCGAUUACAUCGACAAAAAGGAAGAGCAUCUAAUAUCAGCCAUGAAUGAGAUUAACUCGAACUAA